UUGUCUUUUUUAUUUUCUUUGCAGAAGACCAUCAAAUGAAUUGUCACAAUACUCGAAUAAUGCAAGACACAGAAAAGGAUGAUAACAAUAAUGACGAAUAUGACAAUUACGAUGAACUGGUGGCCAAGUCGUUGUUAAACCUCGGCAAAAUCGCCGAGGACGCAGCCUACCGGGCCAGGACUGAAUCCGAAAUGAACAGCAAUACCUCCAAUAGUCUGGAAGACGAUAGUGACAAAAACGAAAACCUGGGUCGGAAAAGUGAGUUGAGUUUAGACUUAGACAGUGACGUUGUUAGAGAAACAGUGGACUCCCUUAAAUUAUUAGCCCAAGGACACGGUGUUGUGCUCUCAGAUAACAUGAAUGACAGAAGUUACGCAGACAGCAUGUCGCAGCAAGAUAGCAGAAAUAUGAAUUACGUCAUGUUGGGGAAGCCCAUGAACAAUGGACUCAUGGAAAAGAUGGUGGAGGAGAGCGAUGAGGAGGUGUGUCUGAGCAGUCUGGAGUGUCUGAGGAAUCAGUGCUUCGACCUGGCCAGGAAGCUCAGCGAGACCAACCCGCAGGAGAGGAACCCGCAGCAGAACAUGAACAUCCGUCAGCACGUCCGGCCAGAAGAGGACUUCCCAGGAAGGACGCCGGACAGAAACUACUCGGACAUGCUGAACCUCAUGCGGCUGGAGGAGCAGUUGAGCCCUCGGUCGAGAGUGUUUGCCAGCUGUGCGAAGGAGGACGGGUGUCAUGAGCGGGACGACGAUACCACCUCCGUGAAUUCGGACAGGUCUGAAGAGGUGUUCGACAUGACCAAGGGGAACCUGACCCUGCUGGAGAAAGCCAUUGCUUUAGAAACGGAAAGAGCAAAGGCCAUGAGGGAGAAGAUGGCCAUGGAAGCCGGGAGGAGGGACAAUAUGAGGUCAUACGAGGACCAGUCUCCGAGACAACUUCCCGGGGAGGACAGAAAGCCUAAAUCCAGUGACAGCCAUGUCAAAAAGCCAUACUAUGGUAAAGAUCCCUCAAGAACAGAAAAGAAAGAGAGCAAGUGUCCAACCCCCGGGUGUGAUGGAACCGGCCACGUAACUGGGCUGUACCCACAUCACCGCAGCCUGUCCGGAUGCCCGCACAAAGAUAGGGUCCCUCCAGAAAUCCUUGCCAUGCAUGAAAGUGUCCUCAAGUGCCCCACUCCGGGCUGCACGGGGCGCGGGCAUGUCAACAGCAACAGGAACUCCCACCGAAGCCUCUCCGGAUGCCCGAUCGCUGCAGCAGAGAAACUGGCCAAGGCACAGGAAAAGCACCAGAGCUGUGACGUGUCCAAGUCCAGCCAGGCCUCGGACCGCGUGCUCAGGCCAAUGUGCUUUGUGAAGCAGCUGGAGAUUCCUCAGUAUGGCUACAGAAACAAUGUCCCCACAACAACGCCGCGUUCCAACCUGGCCAAGGAGCUCGAGAAAUAUUCCAAGACCUCGUUUGAAUACAACAGUUACGACAGCCAUACUUAUGGCAAGCGAGCCAUAGCUCCCAAGGUGCAAACCAGGGAUAUAUCCCCAAAGGAUAUGAUGAUGGACCCCAGCCCCAGCAGCAGCAGCACCAGCAGCUACGCGCCCAGCAGCAGCAGCAACCUGAGCUGCGGCGGGGGCAGCAGCGCCAGCAGCACCUGCAGCAAGAGCAGCUUCGACUACACGCACGACAUGGAGGCGGCCCACAUGGCGGCCACCGCCAUCCUCAACCUGUCCACGCGCUGCCGCGAGAUGCCGCAGAACCUGAGCACCAAGCCGCAGGACCUGUGCGCCACGCGGGUACACGCGCCUGGGCAGAACCCUGACAUGGAGGUGGAUGAGAACGGGACCCUGGACCUCAGCAUGAACAAGCAGAGGCCGCGGGACAGCUGCUGCCCCAUCCUGACCCCCCUGGAGCCCAUGUCCCCCCAGCAGCAGGCAGUGAUGAACAACCGGUGUUUCCAGCUGGGCGAGGGCGACUGCUGGGACUUGCCCGUAGACUACACCAAAAUGAAACCCCGGAGGAUAGACGAGGACGAGUCCAAAGACAUUACUCCAGAAGACUUGGACCCAUUCCAGGAGGCUCUAGAAGAAAGACGGUAUCCCGGGGAGGUGACCAUCCCAAGUCCCAAACCCAAGUACCCUCAGUGCAAGGAGAGCAAAAAGGAUUUAAUAACAUGUCCAACUCCAGGGUGUGAUGGGAGUGGUCAUGUGACUGGUAAUUACGCCUCACACAGAAGUCUAUCUGGCUGCCCCCUGGCGGACAAAAGCAUUCGAAGUAUGCUGGCCACCAGCUCCCAAGAACUCAAGUGCCCCACACCUGGCUGUGACGGUUCUGGACAUAUCACUGGCAAUUAUGCUUCUCAUCGGAGCCUUUCAGGUUGCCCGAGAGCAAAGAAAAGCGGUAUCAGGAUAGCACAGAGCAAAGAAGAUAAGGAAGAUCAAGAGCCCAUCAGGUGUCCGGUCCCCGGGUGCGAUGGCCAGGGUCACAUCACUGGGAAGUACGCGUCCCAUCGCAGCGCCUCCGGGUGCCCCUUGGCGGCCAAGAGGCAGAAAGACGGGUACUUGAAUGGCUCCCAGUUCUCCUGGAAGUCGGUCAAGACAGAAGGCAUGUCCUGCCCCACACCAGGGUGCGACGGCUCAGGCCACGUUAGCGGCAGCUUCCUCACACACCGCAGGUGAGUGGCUGCGUCUGCG